ACAUCUGUGAUGAUGUUUCACUCAUUGUCUGCACCUGUUAUUCCCCGUGACAGAGAACUUGGUGGCGGGUGGAGUGAACGUAAAAUGACGUAAGACCCUACCAAUCUGAAGGAUCUACCUGGUGCGCACAUCAGUGGUAGUGGAAACAUGACCAUGACUACGAUGAUGCUUCGAUCAUUCCUGUGUGAAACCCUUGACUCUCUGUAGCUACCAUGAGCACAACACACAACAGACACGCAUAAAAAUACAAUCCUCCCUAAUUUCCUAUACAUCACGUCUCCAUUCGAUUUUUAUUUUCUAUUAUAAAAUAACACAAAGUUCAAUUUAAAUUAGUGGCUUUUAUUCAUCUAAGAAAUGUGGUCCUUAUUUUAUUUAUACCGAUUAAUUAUAAUCUUAAGCUUGCGUCUUACCAUGAGAGAUGAUUAGGGUAGGGUUUGGCAAUUGGAAGAGACUGGAUUAGACAAUGGUUUGCGUUGGGAAUUUGGUUCUGUUUUUUUGUUGGUGAGUCACCAAGGCUUAGGCAAGGUGGAAUUUUUUUUGCGGGAAAUAAAAGCUUCUCAUUUCUCAAAGUACCUUUCAAAGGUUCGCCUUUUUUUUAAAAAAAAAUCCCUUUUCUUUUCUUCUAAUUUUUAAGAUUUAACCGCCGAGGAAAACGAGGAAGGACCAAAUACGAGAACGAGAUACUAUGUACAUGACAGCUCUUCUUUUGUUUUCUUUUUCUUUAUUUUCUUAACUAAUUGCUUGUGUUGUGCGCUUUCUAUGAUCACCUUCACAGGUGCUUUCUUCUUCUCUCUCUAUAAUCAUUUUUGUUUUUGUCUUUGAAAAAGUGUGUAUACCGAUUUGGCUUUGCUUUCACGUACGUACCAAAAAUGAUGAUUUCGGUUGUUGCUUUUUUUUUUCGGAUGAGGACUAGUAUCCUCGAAUCUAUUGCGUAGGUGUGUUUUGUUGUCUAUGAAGGAAAAAAAAAAAGAAGACCAAACGUGGAUCAGUUAAAAGAAUUUAUGCGUACUUUCUGCUGCUUUUUGUACUUGGGAUAAACUAGAUUUUCCUGAAAUCGAAAGUUUCUGUUUUGUUUACCGUUUAUGGUUGGUCUGGCAAUAAAAUUAAGAAAAUUUUCAUGUAUCCUUCCCCGUACUUGUGCACACAGUCUUAAAAAUUGUGCCCCCACUGCUUGAUUUUCCGCUACCCUUCUAUAUUUUACUACCCUCUACCGUGAUGAAGGAACGCCUAAGCAAGAAAACCGAGUUCUUUUUGGAGUGUAUACAACUCUAGAUUGAAUCGUUUAAAUGAGUAGUGUUUCUUAAAAUGUAUCUAUCCCCUCCUUGCAUUUUGUCCAGCUUCUAUAUUUGCUAUGUUACAUAAUUGGGAGAUUUUUCUUUAUUCUUCUGGUCCCGGUUUGAUUCCGUAUGAUAAAUGUUACUCGCUUAUGGUGCAUGCAAUAUUAUUAAGAUUUGAUACCGUAUUACUAUAAGGUUUCUAUUAUUGCCUUUUUUUUUCGUAUUUAUUACUGCAGAAUGUUUCUGCACCUUAUACCAAUCUUCUUAAGGUGCAUCCAUUUCAAUUUUUAAUUAUAAAUUUGAUUAUUUUAUUAUUAAUAUUUGAGUGGCUUCUAUAAUUAAUGCAUUUUUUGUUGUCUGAAUUUUAAAGCGUUUUAAGUAUUCUUAAUUAACUGCAGCAUACUGUAUAUGUGUACGUAUUAAAUCGCUUUAUUAUUAAUCAAUCCGCAGAGUAUGGAUUCUACAUCUUCACAGUUUGUUUCCUCAAGAAGGAUGGGUGUAUACGAUCCUAUCCACCAAAUUACCAUGUGGGAAGAAAAUUUCAAAAGUAACAGUAAUUUAAGUGCAUCCACAUGCUUAAUUGAGGAGGCGGGCAUGAAGUUAGAUAAUCAGGUUCAGGUGCAAUCAGAGGAUGCUUUUCAUGAAAUGUUGGGAACAUCUACGAAGUAUGACCAAGAAGCUAACAAACUUACUGAAAAGAUACAAAGACGUCUAGCACAAAAUCGAGAGGCUGCUCGUAAAAGUCGUUUGAGGAAAAAGGCCUAUGUGCAGCAGUUAGAAUCAUGUCGUUUGAAGCUGGUGCAGUUAGAACAAGAGGUUGAUCAUGCAAGACAACAGGGAUUGUAUGUUGGUGACGGAUUGGGUUCUAAUAAUUUGGAUUUUGCUGGCUCUGUAAAUUCAGAAAUAUCAAAUUUUAAGACGGAGUAUGGGCAAUGGGUGGAGGAGCAUAAUAGACAAAUCUUGGAAUUGAGAAGUGCCUUAAGUGCUCAUAUUGGUGACUUACAGCUAGAGACACUUGUACAUGGCAUAAUGAACCACUAUUCCAAACUCUUCUGCAUGAAAUCAGCUGCUGCAAAAGCAGAUGUUUUCUAUGUAAUGUCUGGUAUGUGGAAGACCACAGCUGAACGAUUUUUCUUAUGGAUCGGAGGAUUUCGCCCCUCUGAACUUCUAAAGGUUCUGGUUCCUUUGAGUGAACCCUUGACAGAGCAACAACGGUUUGAUGCCUAUGGCCUUGAAAAAUCAUGCCAGCAAGCAGAAGAUGCCCUUUCACAAGGUAUGGAAAAACUUCAGCAAAUGCUUGCUGACUCUGUUGGUCUUCCACAUAUGGAUAUUGCAAUGGAGAGGCUCGAAGCUCUGGUGAGCUUUGUGAACCAGGCAGAUCAUCUCCGAAAAGAAACUUUACGCCAAAUGUGUCGAAUACUUACCAUUCGUCAAACUGCUCGUUUUCUUCUUACUUUGGCAGAAUAUUUUCAACGCCUCAGAGCAUUGAGCAAACUUUGGGCUAAUCGUCCUCGUGAACCUGCUUAGUGCUUAAUCAUCAAUCAUUAUUAUUAUUAUUGUUAUUAUUAUUAUGAUCCUCAAAGAGAAAUUGUAAAUAUGUCUCUGCCCAUUUAUGAGUUGGUGUUUGUGAUAUCCCUAUGUGGAAGCGGGUCAUGUAAAAUGUGUAGAAUGAUGUAAUAGUAAAGAUGCAUAGUCCUUUUAUUUUCUUUAAUAGAAUUAGUUUAAGAAAAGAAAAAUAUAUAAGAAGUUAAAUUAUCUCUAUUUUUUUUAAUAAUAGUUGACUUGGCGGUGCUAACUUGGACCACUUUUCCACAUCUUUUAGAACGAAAAUUAUUCUGUUGAAUCU